AUGGACAAAGUGCAACAUAUCCUCCCCUUUAUCUUCUCCAAUUACCCAAAGCAGUCCGCUGCCGGAUCAGCGGCUCCUCGACCUCCGCUUUUCGUCGGCGUGAGUGGACCGCAGGGGAGUGGGAAGACGACUUUGACAACUGCGUUGGUGGAGAGCUUGAGGGGUGCGCCGUAUGGGUUGAGCGUGUGCGCGUUUAGUAUUGAUGAUAUCUAUCUGUCGUAUGAGGAUCAACAGGCGUUGAAGAAGGCGCAUCCGGAGAACAAGCUCGUCGCGCAUCGAGGAGAACCCGGAACACACGACAUCAGCCUCGGCAUCUCCACCUUCCGCUCCCUCCACGCCCAACAACCAACCCCAAUCCCCUCCUACGACAAAUCCGCUCACUCUGGCUCCGGCGACCGUCUCCCCAUCACACAAUGGGAAACAGCAACCCCACCAUUCGAUAUCGUUAUCUUCGAGGGUUGGUGUGUUGGGUUCCGCGCGAUUUCGGCGGCGGUGUUGAAAGACAAGUACGAGGCGGCGUGUCGGUCGCGGACAGGGACGUUGCCGAAUCACACGCUGGAGGAUUUGGAGUUUGUGAAUGAUAAGCUGAAGGCAUACGAUGCGUUAUGGGAUCAACUUGACCUCCUCGUCCAUGUCGACGCACAAGACAUAUCUUACGUCUACAACUGGCGUCUCCAACAAGAACACGCCAUGAUCGCAGCCCGAGGAAGUGGGAUGUCGGAUGAGAAGGUGAGGGAGUUCGUGGAUGGUUACAUGCCGGCGUAUGAGCUGUUUGUGGAGACCGUGCGGGAAGGGAUCAUGGAGCCGAGGAAGCAAUUGAGGAUCAGGGUGGGCGAGGGGAGGGAGGUGGUGGAGGUCAAGGUGUUGUAGGGAGGUGGGGUGGGGUGGGAUACCCGUGAUAUCUUUUCCUUGCUGGGUAUAGAGCAAACCAAAACCAUGUGAAUUGUG